AUGAGAAGAUUUAGUGAAGCAACUAGUAAAUAAGAAUAAUUAUUAAGAUAAAGUUUUUUUAUUGCUUUUAUAUUAUUGGCUUUAACUUAUUAAAAUUAAAAUGGGAUUAUUUAGAGAGAUUUAAAACCACAAAAUUUAGUUUAAGAGGAAAAUGAAUACAUGAGAUUAAUAGAUUUGUGUAUAGCCAGGAUAAAUAAAGGAAAUAAGAUGUGUAGAUAAUACUUCAGGAACACUUGGAUAUAUGGGAAUACCAGAAGUUAUGUGUAGAAUGGAUCAUAGUUGUGGCUAAGCGUUAGCAAAUUAAUUAACGCCUUGUCAGUGAUANAGGAAUAAUAUAGACUAUGUUUUUAUAUAUUUCAUUUUAAUUAUAUAAAUGAUUUUUUUUAAUAUUAUGAAUUCAGCAUAUUUUUUAUUAUAUUUAUAAUAAUAUCUUAAAUCUAACAUUCUUAUUUCCCUUUUAAUUUUAUAUUGUUGUUCAUUUUCAUAUUUAAUUGA